AAUUGUAGUGUUUUUAAUAAAUAUCUACUGAGUAUCUGCGAGUUGUAAAAUAUAUUUUUAGUGGUAAAAUUAUUUUGUGCGAUAUUCUAAACUCUAGACGCAUGCAACAUCUAAACAAUAUUGAAUAUCUUUUAAAGCAAUAGAGCAAUAUUUAUGUUGUUUUUUAAAGUAAUCUGUAUAAUGUUAUUUAUUUAAAACUAGCACUGAGCACACGGUUACGUAUAGGUAAAUAAAAAUGCACCUAAUUCUCAACCUUAUAAUGUAAACUAUUUAUAGACAUUUUAUCAUAUGAAUAUCAUGCAUAGACUGACAAAUACUACAGACAUAUAAAUUAGCAUCUUCUGAUGAAGAUUGAGUCAUAAAGCGACUGCUUAAAUUUUAACAUUGAAUUCUGAUAUCACUACAGUGCUUAUAUAAGGGGAAACUUAGCCUUUACAACUUUAGUACGCAACAAUGUCUACUGGACUUAAAAUCUCAGUGGUUUAUUUUAUAACCUUUAAUUUAUAUUUGACAAGUGGUGCAAGAAUCUUAGGAGUGUUCCCAACCCCUUCUAUUAGUCAUCAAGUUGUAUUUCGACCUUUAGUGCAAGAACUUGUGAAGCGAGGGCAUGAGGUGACAGUUAUCACGACGGAUCCUGCAUUCAAACCAGGGCAGGCACCGACCAACUUAACCGAGAUAGAUGUCCAUGACCUAUCUUACAAAAUAUGGACCAAUGCUUUGCAGGAAAAGAAGACAGGAAACGAAGAUGAUGAUUUAUAUUCUCAAAUCCAACUAAUUUUGAUAUCAGUGUCCAAAGUAUUUGAAGCUCAAAUAGCUACUGAUGAAGUUCAAAAAAUAAUUACAAAGAAAAAGGGACAGUUUGAUUUAUUAAUUUUAGAAGCAUUCGUUAAACCUACUUUAGCUUUUACUCAUAUUUUCAAUAUUCCAACUAUUCAGAUCAGCUCAUUCGGUGGAUUGCAAUACAAUUUCGAAGUAAUUGGAGCUCCAAUACACCCGUUACUAUAUCCAACAGUUUUGAGCCAAAGAGUAUAUAAUUUAUCUAGCUUUGAAAAAUUACAACAGCUGUAUAAACUGCAUAAAAUUAAUAGGUUUUUCGAUUUAGCAGAGCAAGACGAUGAUAAGCUUGUGAAAAAAAUAUUUGGACCAGAUAUUCCAUCCUUACGAAACUUAGCUGAUAAUGUUCAUAUGUUGUUUCUCAAUAAUCAUCCAAUCUGGUCGGAUAACCAACCAGUUCCACCGAGUGUUGUAUACAUUGGAGGAAUUCAUAAUAAUCAACAGAAAAAGCUACCAAAGGACUUGAACGAUUUAUUAGAUAAAUCAAAACAUGGUGUAAUUUACUUCAGCCUUGGGACGAACGUGAGACCGUCAGUUAUGCCACCAAAAAAAGUUCAAAUGAUGAUUAAAGUUUUUUCGGAACUUCCAUAUGAUGUAAUAUGGAAGUGGGAUUUGGAUUCUAUGUCUGGAAAGUCAGAUAACAUCAAUUUAUACAAGUGGCUACCGCAAUCAGACCUUCUACGGCAUCCAAAAAUUAAACUGUUCAUCACACAAGGAGGACUUCAAUCAACAGAUGAAGCUAUAGAUGCUGGAGUACCUCUUGUUGGUAUACCACUGUUUGCAGACCAAUGGUUCAAUACAGAAAAAUAUCCGUAUCAUAAAAUUGGAGUUAAACUUGAUUUGCCUUCUCUAACAGAAGAAAUAUUUAGAGACGCUAUUGUAACAGUCAUUUCGGAUAAAAGCUAUCGAGAGAAUAUAAUAAGAAUGCGAAACAUAGUUAGAGAUGAACCACAGACACCAUUAGAACGUGCGGUUUGGUGGACAGAGUAUGUUCUACGGCACGGUGGUGCUAAACAUUUGAGAGCAGCCGGUGCCAAUAUAUCAUGGACACAGUACUUAGAGAUCCAGUUAAUAGUUAUAGUGUUACCAGUAUUGUUAUUUGUGAUAUUAUUAUUUUUAUGGGUAUUAAAGUUUUUAAAAUAUUUCGUCAGAGAAAUAAUUGGUUCUAGCAUUAAAAUAAAAACAAAUUGAAAUGUAUAUUGUUCAUCAGUUUUUUUAUUUUAAAAAAUCUUUGAUGAUAAAGAUUUACUUCAUUUUUGUAUAGAAUAUACGAAUUCUUUGUA